CUCGUGCUGAGGCGCGUCGUCUCCAUGCACGUCGACCCAUCUCACCUGCCAUGUCGGUGGACUUGACAGAUCCAAAUAUCACCUCUGUUUAUGACGACAUUAUCAAGAACAGAGACAAAGACUGGUUAUUACUGACGUAUGGCCAGUCAAGAGACAAGCUUUCGCUCCUGGAGAGUGGUAUUGGGACAUUUAACGACCUUUGCGGUGCUGUUCCUCGAUCAGAAGACGUGUACUUUGGAUUCUGCCGUGAAAGAGAUGGCGAUAAUAACUACUUCGCGUUGAUCGCCUUUGUGCCAGAAGGCGUGUCUGGUGUCAAGCGAGCUAGGGCCCUGGUGCACUCUCGAGCUGUUGGAUCACUCUUCAAGGCAGCAAAUAUUUCUAUGAAUGUCUCUAACCUCGACGUGGAUAAUACCUCAAAGCUUCGCGAACGUCUCCAGCUUGGGCCGUCCUAUAUACCUCGUCUAGCACCUAACGUUAAUCAUCCUGUACAGCGAAGCGCGUCUAUGCCUACUGAACCACGCUCGUCACCAGAACCAGCGAAGAACAACAUGAAGGGUCUCCCGCAGUCCCCACGGGCCCGGGUGGUUGCUUCAGAGAGCCAAGCACGAAAGCUGCCUUCAUUAAGCCACGAUUUACCUCGAAUUCCGUCUGAAUUCGACGAGGAUCCGCCAGCUACUCCUCCGAAAGAUAUUAGCCAAGGACGAUCUGCAUCGGCUUUCGUAAAGAGCGCAUCGACAGGAUCUACAUUUGAUACUUCCCACCAGCGAGUGACUAGCUUCAUGUCCGAUGGGGAUGAAGUCGUCAUUAGUCCUGGUUCCCUGAACAACCGAGGAAGCAAUGGAUUCUCACUUCCUCGAUCUCCUCCACGCGUUGUUAGUCCAUCCGAGAGAGCGAGGCUGCGGCUUGAAGCGCAGAAAAAGCGAGAAGCUGAAGAGUUGCAAGCUCAACGAGAAGAGGCUGAACGUCAGGAACGUUUGAAACGACAAAAAGAGGAAACAUUACGACAGGCUCAAGAAGAGGAGGAACGACGACGUGCAAGGUUGGAGGAAGAGAAGCAACGAGCUUUGGCUGAAAGAGCUCGUCGGGAGCGAGAGGCGCAAUUAGAGGAGGAACAUAGGCUCCAGGAGUUGGAAACCCGAAAGCGACAGGAAAAGGAACGGCGCAUGCUUCAGGCGAAGCGUCUUGAUGAGGAACGCCAGGAAGCCGAGAGGCGUGCUGCCGAAGCGGCUAAGAGACGGGAGGAGCAACGCCGUGCCUCAGAUGUCAUGAGGAAGCAGCGCAUGAAGGAGAUUCAGGCGAAGUUUGCACAGGCAGGCCGGCUUGGGUCGGCUCCCGCCUUACUCUCAGGUGCCGUAACCGUGCAAACGAGUGUGUCAAACAGCUGGAAGAGAAGGUUUUUUGAAUUGAAGAGUGACUCGCUCAUCUUCUAUCGGGAUUCUCAGGAUAAGACGGUGGCCCUCGAUGUCAUGACGCUUACCGGAGGGCGAGUCCGUGCCAUCAAAGAGCCUAACGAGGGUUAUGAUGAGCUUGAGGCAAUACCGUACUCGUUCGUUGUGGAGUUUACGGAUGGUGAGGGUCCCUGGUGCAUGUUUUGUGACAGUUCAGAGGAUAAGGACAUCCUCAUGAGCCUGCUUAGCCAGACUGCCGGACUGUCGUGAUGGACGCUUGGAUACCCAGACUUUGAAUAUCUAUGUCUAUGUUGUUUUGGAUACCAGAUUGUUUACUUUUAAUGUCAUGUUUUUGGGUG